GUUUUUCAGCCAGUGCCGCCGUACAGAACCCUAGCUGGUAACGAUCAUUAACAAUGUUAGAGGAAAAGAGGCGACGUGAUCUCAGGGGAACUGAAGAACGUACAUGUUACUCGAUCAUAACAUGUUGAGAAUUCAUAGUAAUCAUAAUGGUAAGGGGGCGACUGAAGGUUCCAGUGGAGAGGAAAGUCCUGAGCCCGGGGAGGUUGGUUCCGGUCAAGGUAGCCGUGGUCAAAGGCGGCAUGAUGGUUACCCGGGUGGUGGACAGUCAUGUAUAAGUUGUCGCUGGGAUCGAAGGGGUGAUGAUUGUGGUCGCUCCUGGCAGUAUCGUUGCGGAUCUCCUGAACGACCCCGGCAGAAAAGGAGUGAAGGUUCCAGUGGCGAGGAAAGUCCUGAGCCCCAUGAGGCUGGUUUCGGUCAAGGUAGCCGCGGUCAAAGAAGACGCUUGGAAGAUCGGGGUGGUUCUCAGCAGUAUCAUAGUGAAUCUCCCGAACAACCCCAGCAGAAACUUCGAAGAGGAACUGAUCCACGUCAGCAUCAUGGUGAGUCCGGGUCGUCUUAUGCUGAUGGACCUUCAUGGUCAUCGGUUCCAGACCUGUACCAAGCCACACGGGCGCCUCUGCAGCCUGUGACCACAUCGCAGCCUAUGUUAUGUAUAUUGUAUGUAUUUGUGCAUAUAUUAUGUAGGCUCAAGCUGAUUUUCAGGGCCUGUCUCAAGCCCAUGCCCAGACUGAGAUUCUGGCUCAUGCGUGGACUUUAG